AUGUCUGCCGAGAGGGAGGCAGCCGAGGCGGCCACUGCGGCGGCGGCGGCCGAGCGGACCGGGACCGGGACCGGGGCAGGGGCCGGGGAGGAUGCGUCUUCGCAGCCCCCGACCGUCGAGGUGUCGAGCGACCCGCAGCCGCCCCCGGCCCCCGAGGCGUCGGCCGCCGCCUCGGCCCCGCCGCUGCGCUGCUUGGUACUCACCGGUUUCGGUGGCUACGACAAGGUGAAGCUGCAGAGCCGGCCGGCCGCGCCCCCGGCCCCGGGUCCCGGUCAGCUGACGCUGCGCGUGCGAGCCUGCGGGCUCAACUUCGCCGACCUCAUGGCCCGCCAGGGGCUCUACGACCGGCUGCCUCCCCUGCCGGUCACCCCCGGCAUGGAGGGCGCGGGGGUAGUGGUGGCCGUGGGCGAGGGUGUCGGCGACCGUAAGGCAGGGGACCGGGUGAUGGUGUUGAACCGGUCGGGGAUGUGGCAGGAGGAGGUCACCGUGCCAUCGGCCCAGACUUUCCUGAUGCCUGAGGCCAUGACCUUUGAGGAAGCCGCUGCUUUGUUGGUCAAUUAUAUCACGGCCUACAUGGUUCUCUUUGACUUCGGCAACCUGAGGCCUGGCCACAGCGUCUUAGUACACAUGGCUGCAGGUGGGGUGGGCAUGGCAGCCCUGCAGUUGUGCCGCACCGUGGAGAAUGUGACGGUGUUCGGAACAGCCUCAGCCAGCAAGCAUGAGGUGCUGAAGGAGAAUGGGGUCACACACGCCAUCGACUACCACACAACUGACUACGUGGAUGAGAUCAAGAAGAUCUCCCCCAAAGGAGUAGACAUCGUCAUGGACCCCCUGGGUGGGUCAGACACUGCCAGGGCCUACCACCUCCUCAAACCUAUGGGCAAAGUUGUCACUUACGGAAUGGCCAACGUGCUGACUGGCCCCAAGCGGAACCUGAUGGCCAUGGCCCGCACUUGGUGGAACCAGUUCAGCGUGACGGCCCUGCAGCUGCUGCAGGCCAACCGAGCUGUGUGCGGUUUCCACCUGGGCUACCUGGAGGGUGAGGUGGAACUCAUCAGUAGGGUGGUCACCCACCUCCUGGCUCUGUACAACCAGGGCCACAUCAAACCCCGAAUUGACUCAGUCUGGCCCUUCGAGAAGGUGGCUGAUGCCAUGAAGCAGAUGCAGGAGAAGAAAAAUGUGGGCAAGGUCCUCCUGGUUCCCGGACCCGAGAAGGAGACCUAGGCGAGGGGCUCGGGGCCCUGGAGAGCCGGGAAGGGAGAAGAUGGGAAGCCCUGUUGCGUUGCCCACCAGCCUCUCACAUUUCAUCCUCUGUCAUGAUGCUCUGCCCUCCCUCCCUCCCCAAAAGGUCACUGCUGAUGACCGCUUCCCUGCCCUGAGCUUGCCCUUUGCUCAGGGCUGCCCCUCCCCCUUCCUGCCCUCAGAAGAGGUUGGGAAGUGACCACUUGGAUGUCUGGGCCCUGCCAAGGGGACAGGAAGGGUCAGCAGGAGGCUGGCUGCUUCCUGCCCCUCCACCCUCUCCCUGGGCCUGCCAUGCUGCUUUUGUGCCAAGGUUAGCCAGUCCCUCCCUGUCCCGUCCCGGUCCCUGUCCCGUGUGCUUCCACCCCUGCCUAUCUCCCCUCCUGCCCCACCACCUCCCCAAAGAAUCAAGUGUCAGCUCAGGAUGUGGGGCUAAUCUGUGUGAGUCCAGCAUGUACCUGUACCUCCGUAGUGUCGACGCCACCCAAGCCGAUGCCCACCCCUAGACUUGAUCAGUACCCAACCUUGUCUCCUGCCCCCAAUUUCUCAAGCACAGUUGGAUUUCCUCCACCUCCAAUUUGCUGCCUUGAACCAAGGCUGCCUGCCUCCUCCAGCAAGGGCAGGAAUCAGACCAACUCCCCAGCUCACCGCUCUGGGAGGGUUCCCAGUCCCCUCCCUUCACUGAGGUCUCUGGAUUUGUCUCAGUGCCUUAGCAUUGGAAAACUUGUGCUUGGGGGGGAGGGGGGGCAGCCCCGUCCCCGGCUCCUUUCUCGUCUCCCCAGUGCCUUCCCUAGCCUGGCGGAGCAGAGGCCUUACUCCCCCCCAGUCCUAUAACACUGCCAAAAAUCUGUGUACGUGCCAGGGGUGGGAGGGGCUAGCGCCAGCCUCUGGGGAUCAGUUGCUUUUACUGUGGUCUGCGCCCUGUGCCGACGUCCUGUCUGUCUGUCGGUGGUGGAGAAGAAAGAGGCAGGAAGAUGGACCGGCCAGAGUUCUGAGAGAUACUGCUGGGCCUUAGUCGGGGACCAAAGCGAGAAUCCGAGCACAUUACCUUUGCUGACAAGGGAGGUCGCUGCCUUCCCGGAGCCUAGAGGCAGCUGUGAGGUUCAGCCCCAAACUUUGUUUACACUGGUGGGGGAGGAGGAGCCCGGGCAGGGAGCAGCGAAUGCGGUAGUUAAGAGGGCCUGGGCUACUGGAGCCAAAGCGGGGACCUUUAAGGCUGGGCAGGGGUAAUCCCUCUGCUUCUGAGUUUGGGUUAGGGAGAGCUGUUACCCCAGCCGUGGUCAGCGGGAGGUAGGGGGAGGGGCCCAGCCACUCUGUUGUCUAAACGAGGCCUCCAUGUAGGAAGUGCGAUUUCUGCUUUUGUGCCCCCCCACCCCAUUACCACAGCUGCCUUUGUGUUGUGUCAAUAAAAAGCCAAACCCCGAAUUCUGA